CUUGAUUUUGAAGCUGAAAUGGAUAUGAAAACUGACAUUGAGCUAACGAAUGGUGAAUAUACGGCAUCUGGGUUGAACACCCCCCAAAUAAAUGCGCCUACAUUGGGUUUUCCGAACACUAUACAGUCGCAAAUUUGUGUUACUAUCCCACCAAAUACUUCUUUGAAUGCACCAAUGUUGACCUCUGGUGAAGCUGACAGAGCAAGUGGAGACAAUACAAUUUCGCCUCCAGCAACUACUUCAGAUAAAUCUAAAAAAUCGGUAGAAAAAGCGUGCAAAAAAAGCAAAAUUGCUGUUCUUCCCUGUCCAUCAGAUAUUACGAAUGCCUCAGAUGUUGGGAAUAAAGAAAGACGAGUCGUUAUAAUCUCACCCCCAUCAAUUUCUUUGAAUAAAUCUACGCAAGCUACAAUUGACACCGCCAAGGAGGAAAUAAUGGUUCUUUCCCAUCCAUCUCCAACUGCGGCAAAAUGUAAAAGAGAAAAAAUUUGUAUUGCCCGCUCAAAAAUUACUUUGGACCCCUCUUUGAUACCCUCAGAGGUGACGGGCACUGAAAGUUUUAACACCAAACAUUCUUCGCAUACGUCCGUACCUGAAGAUACAACAAAUGGAUCGAAAAAGCGCAAGAUCACAUCUCUUAAUGAAAUGUACGAAAUCAUUUUAAAGAGCAUAAGUAAGCGAGAUGACCGAGAAGAGCAAAUUAUGGGUAUUUUGCAUGGACUAACAGUUGCCGUAACAAGAUUGGCAGAUAACGUUCAGAGACUAGAGGAAGUAUUGACAUUUUUUACGAAUGAUUAAUAAAAUAAAAAAUAUUAAGAAAU